AUAUAGACAUGUUUGUCUUCUCACUGUAGCAUGUUGGACUUUGUUUAUUAAGAGUGAGUGAUCAGCUAGUAGGAGACAUAACGUGGUUUUAUCUCGUGGAGUUUUUAUCUGAUUCUUCAAGUCGAUGUACACUGACUUUCUACUGACAAGAUUUCUACCAAAUUCACAGCAGUGGUGAGCAGCGUGAAUGACAAGGACUUGGUACUAUUACCGCUAGUACAAUUAUUUACCACUACUUAUCAUGAUCAACCCAUUCAUGGAUACGGCUCAUACGCCGCACUUACCACCAGGAGCGCUGAAACUGAGCCCCCCACAUCAUAUGGGGGACGGGACCGGCGGAGUUCACGGUCAGGCAAACCAGUUUGUGAGUCAGAGUAACGGAUAUGGGAUGCCACACAGCCAUUCACAUCAAAUCAGUAGUUAUGCUGCAAGAGAUUUCUUAUUACGACGUGAACACAUGGGUUUUACAGGACACGAAGCUAACCCAGCACCUCACCCAGGUAUGUUUGCCCCCACGACAGCAGGAUACCACACGGGGCACCACCCCGACCCAGCCACCAGUCACAUGCUUUUUCCAGGAUUACAUGACGCCAGUCACCACCCUACGGGACACCAUGUUCAGAGUCAGAUGCUGUACCCACGGGCGGAUCAGUUUAACCAGAUGGGAGGACAGCGACAGGAUCACUUUGUACCCCCUCAACACCUUAAUCACAUGAACUCUAUCAACCCUCAUCACAUGAACAUGUCUCCUCAUGGACCCGGGGCGUUCUUUCGUUACAUGAGACCCCCGAUAAAACAGGAACAUACAUGUCUGUGGAUAGACCAGGAUCAACCGGAACCUAAGAAACCAUGUAAUAAGACAUUCAGCACCAUGCAUGAAAUAGUGACUCAUUUAACCGUGGAACAUGUCGGGGGACCGGAACAAGGCAACCAUGCUUGUUUCUGGCAGGCGUGUCCUCGUGAUGGCCGUUCGUUCAAGGCAAAAUACAAACUUGUGAAUCAUGUUCGAGUGCAUACGGGAGAAAAACCAUUCCCUUGUCCGUUCCCAGGCUGUGGCAAAGUGUUCGCGAGGAGCGAGAACCUUAAAAUUCACAAACGAACGCAUACAGGAGAAAAGCCAUUUAAAUGCGAAUUUGAAGGAUGUGAUAGAAGGUUUGCCAACAGUUCAGACAGAAAGAAACAUUCACAUGUUCAUACGAGUGAUAAGCCCUAUAAUUGUAAAGUCAAAGGAUGUGAUAAAAGUUACACACACCCGAGCUCGUUACGGAAACACAUGAAAGUUCAUGGCAAGACUUCUCCGAUUCAUACAGAUGAAGAUGACAAUAACUGUAGUCCCGACACGGAGUCUCCAGCAACCAGCCCCACAACAACAUCUAGUGCCUCAACUACGUCUACUCACUCAUCUUUACAUCAUAAUCCACUUUCAACACAAAAUAGUCCCACGUUACCUCUGGUGCCAAAUCCCCUUUCCCAUCACCCAACGAACUUAAGUGAAUGGUAUGUGUGUCAAAGUUCAGGAGGGGGAAUGCCAACAGCACCUUCAUUUGACCAUUCCUCGGUUAACGCCUUCAGUCAUAUCGCUUCCCUCCAUCCUCCAGCUUUGUUACAGUACACAUAGCCUGAAAAAAAAAACUCAUACCAAAUAUCUUAAUUUAACCAAAUAAUUCAUACUAAAGAUUCUAUCGAGAAACAAUAAACCAAAUACAUCUGAAAGACAGCAUUUGUGAAUCAGAAAAGAGUGUUGUGAAUAAUAAUGACAUUGGAUUGAAGUGUUCGUGAACAAUUUUUGUGUCGCACUGUAUGUAAAACAGUGCUCCUUAGAUAAAUCAACAAAUGAUCAUACGUGGAUUUUGGUUUUAAUUUCUACAUUCAUUGUUAUUUUGGUGCAAUCAUAAAACUGAAGCCUAAAAUUCAUUGACUGUUUAUCAUUUUCCAUUGUGAUGUUUUUAUAGUAGAGACGUUUUUCGUGAAAGUAUUGACAGUCUUAAUCAAAAUGAAAACAGAGAUAUAAUUGUUUAUUAUUUAAAGUAGAUAAAAUAUAUAGCAUAAUCUUUUAACAACAUAGAGAGAGUCACAUACAAUCAAAAUAUAAUGUUCUAUUAUUUUGUUUCAUCAGCAUUAAUUUUAGACGGUUUACUGGGAUGUUUUCUAAGCAAUACAACAAAAAACCAAAUAUUAUAUUAUUUUCUGUUAUUAUUACAGCAUUAUGAUUAAGAAGAAAUUUUAAAUUAAUUAUUUGUCAAAUCGUCCAUAAUUAAAGUCCCUUUCUUUUUGAAAAAUACUGUUUUGUUAAUGUUAUUGUUUAUCAAAUGUUUUAUAAUUUUUGUGAAAAAGAAUCAAUUGGGUACUCAACCAUUUCAAACGUUUUAAUUAUAUAACACUUAUAUCUAAUUUUCGUUUACUUUGAAUUAAAUUUCAAAGACAGAGCGAGUCAUGACAAACUAUAAGCAAAAAACUAGACGUGAGUUUUGCUAAUACUUUAUCGGUUAUUUAUUUGUUAAAUAUUUUGUAAAUUUAUUUUGUUGAUAAAAAUUAGCAAAAUUCAUUAAUUUAUAAUUUUUUUGAAUAUUUUUUUUAAAGAGAAUGUUUAUUUUAUUUGUUCACCAAUUACUGAAUAUUUACCAUAACGAGAUUAAUUAUAAUGUUUGAUGUAGACACACUGUGGGAUAUAAAAUUAUAUAUACAUAAAAGAAAUUAAACUGAUAUUUUUUCAGAUAUCGUAUUCAAUGUUACUCUAGAAUUUAAAACCUUAUUUUUAAUUGGUAAAUUUUAUUAUUCGAUUUUCCACUAAAGAAUACAUCCAAGAAUACAAUCCAAAAUGUGUUGUUUUAUUCAUUGACAUUUGGUGUUAUCAUUAUUAUAUAUAUCAUUUCAUUUUGUAUAUAAUAACCAGAGUUUGUAAAUAUAUUAAAAUGCAUUACAAAUCCUA